UUAUAUUGCCCCUCUCGAAGGCGGUUUUAACAUAGCCAGAUCAAAACCAGCAGUAGCAACAUAUACACAUUGAACAACAUAUACAUUUCGAAUCUCUAAAAAAUGUCAGAAAACGAAGGUGCAGAGCAUUUUUAUGAAGAUGAGUUGGUGGCGCCAAGUUGGCUGAACACCGAGUUCAUAGAAGGGGUCUUAAGAUCGCAUGAAAAAGCCCCGGAACUGGAAGUAACCGAUCUUAAAAUCACUCCUGGAAGUACCAAAGGCGAUCACUACGCCAGCGUGAUGUUCCGGACUACGGCGGAGUAUACCACCAUGAAGGGAAAAUUCACCAAGCCUCUCAUCCUGAAGACUGUUCCCGACCAGGAGGGACAUAAGAAGGACAUGCUGAGUAAUUCACAUUUGUUUGCGACAGAGAUCGGGAUGUACUCCAAGGUUCUUCCGGAGUUUGAGAAGAUUCUCCGAGAAGCGGGUGAUAGUACCAAGUUGUUUGUACCAUGUGUGUAUCACAGCAUGGAGCCAAGGCCAGUGCUGAUAUUCGAGGAUCUUGUGCCGCAAGGAUAUGCCGUCAUUCGGGAUCGUCCAAUGACACCAGAGGAACAAACAGCCAUAUUCACAAAGUUGGCCAAGUGGCAUGCUGUUAGCAUGAAGGUUAUUAAUGAGCAACCAGAUUUUCUAAGAGACUUCAAAUACAGCCUUUUUGAUAUGCCCAACUUCAUGACCGGUGAUUUGGUGAUCACAGGAAUGGAAAACUUUGUCGAAAUGUUAUCUGUAGAACCUGAGCUCACAAAGUACACGACAUAUUUUAGUAAAAUCCAGGACACCUACCUGUCCCAGAUGCUUGAAGAGGUGAACGAGUUCCGCAAUAACUGGCAGCCUGAUGGCCACUACGUUCUCUGCCAUGGAGACUUCCACCACCGGAAUAUGAUGUUCAGACACAAUAAGAACUCGGGGGCUGUCGAGGAUGUCAUGUUUGUGGACUUCCAGGUCUGCACUGUAAGUCCGUCUUCAGUCGACCUUUUAUGCGCCGUAUACAGGCUGCUGGAGCCGGAACGACGUUGCGAACUUGGAAAGGAUGAGAUAAACUUAUAUUUCUCCGUUCUGGAGGAUACGUUGAAGAAAGUUGACUAUAAGGGGGAGUUUCUGACGCAGGCUGGUCUAUGGCAGGGAAUACAUCGCCAUAAAAACUAUGACUAUUUCAUGAUGUCCACUUUUCUGCCUAUGAUCUUAGCGGAAAAGUCGAAUGCUUUUAAGAUGGACGACCUCGUCAAGAGCAACGAUUUUCGGAAGAAAGCAUUUUUCCUAGACGUUUACCAGAAAGAAAUCAAAAAGCUUUUACCGAAAUUCGAGGAGCUUGGUUACUUUGACGAUAUUUAAGUACAAAAUAUAGUUUUUUAAAAUUUAGUUUAAGAAUAUUGGAUAUACAUUGCUAAGAAAAAAUAUCUUCCGUUUUUAUACCCUUGCAGAGGGUAUUAUAAUUUUGGUCAAAAGUGUGCAACGCAGUGAAGGAGACAUCUCCGACCCUAUAAAGUAUAUAUAUUCUUGAUCAGGAUCACCUCCUGAGUCGA